AUGCCCGUAUUCCGGGGCGAUAGUCGUCUGGACCGGCUGGUGGCAAGCAGCGCAACUGGCUGGCCACUGGUAUCCAACAUGUAUCUGGCUUGUAUCUGUAAAUUACAUGCACCUGGCUACACGACACCGCAUGUUGCCGCAGGCUGUCUCCUGAAUCUUCUACAGCGAUACCGAUGCGGUUCGGCGAGGGCCAGCUCCUGUGCCUCGGGAUGCAUGGCAGAUGAACGCCAAGCCGUCCAGCCAAUACCGGUGCCUAGCAGCAGCACCAGCCAGUGGUAUUUCCCCCAACCUUCAUCAGCGAAAUGGCUGCAGCAUCCGCUCGCAUCCAGCAGUGCGCCGCAUCAAGGCCGGCGAGUGACAGGCAAGGCUUUCGCCCCCUUUCCCACCCAUCUCACGGCCAUCCAGAGCGCUUCAUUUCACAAGCGCCGGCCUUCCCCUCUCCAAAUCCAGGCCACGGCGGUAGCCCACUUGGAUCCGGGGCGCAGCCUAUCACAGAGGGCUGCUGCUGAGGAAGCGGCCAAUCCCCUUGUUCUGUCGCAGCGACAUGAUGGGCUGACUGACGCGGCGCGUGGUGGCCAAGGUAGCACUCCGUACAGCCGCGCCGGCACCGAGAAAGCUCCAUCGUCCGACUUACCCCAAGCGAAGUGGUCGACAGAGGCGGCUGUCUGCUGA